AUGUCAAUCUCAUUACUUUCUUCAUUGGUUGUACGCAGAUCUUCUUCUUCUUCUUCCUCCUCUCUACAUCAAUUAAAAAGAGUAACAACACUCCAUCAUCAGAGAUUUAACAUGUCCACCCAAUCAGUCUACAUCAUAUCUGCCUCUCGAACACCCGUAGGAGCCAAAGAUGGUUCUCUCGCUACUCUCACCGCUCCCCAGCUGGGUGUAGUAGCCGUGAAACAUGCUUUGGAAAAAGCAAACUUGAAACCUGAACAGGUAGAAGAAGUCUAUUUGGGUAAUGUCGUUCAGGCUGGUGUGGGCCAGUCUCCCGCUAGACAGGUUGUCAUCGGUGCUGGCAUUCCCGACUCAACCGAUGCUACCACUAUCAACAAGGUCUGCGCAUCAGGUAUGAAAGCCAUCAUGCUUGCCGAUCAGAACAUCCGACUCGGUCAGAGAGGUAUAAUGGUCGCUGGUGGUAUGGAAAGCAUGUCUCAAGCACCAUUCCUCUCCCCUCGACACCCACCCGCAUUCGGCCACUUCGAAUCGAAAGAUUCCCUCAUCGUUGACGGUCUCUUCGACGUCUACAACAAAGUCCCUAUGGGUUAUUGUGCGGACUCUACCGCAGCCAAACAUCAAAUCACCCGAGAAGAUCAGGACGACCACUGUCUCUCAUCUUAUACCCGUGCGGAGGAAACUUGGAAAAACGGUGGAUUCGAAGAUGAGAUCGCUCCGGUCACCGUCAAGACCCGAAAGGGUGAUGUGAUCGUAAAGGAAGAUGAAGAUUAUAAAAAACUGUUGAAAGAGAAAUUCAGAUCGAUCAGACCUGUUUUCACCAAAGAUGGUACUGUCACUGCUGCCAACGCUUCGUCAUUGAAUGAUGGAGCUAGUGCUGUCGUGCUUGCCUCAGGGGAUGUGGUUGAGAAGGAAGGAUUGAAACCUUUGGCUAAGAUUCUGGGAUACGCCGACGCCGCUUGUGCACCUAUAGAUUUCCCCACUGCUCCUACUCUCGCUGUACCCCUCGCGUUGAAACACGCAGGUGUCAACAAGGAAGAUAUCGCCUUGUGGGAAUUCAACGAGGCUUUCUCGGUCGCCGCUUGUGCCGCUGAGAAGAUUUUGGGUCUCGACAGGAGUAAAGUAAAUGUUAAAGGUGGUGCGGUAGCUUUGGGUCAUCCCAUCGGAUCAUCAGGAUGCAGAAUCGUAGUCACCCUCGCUCACUCUUUGAAGAAAGGUGAAAAGGGUGUAGCGGCAAUUUGUAACGGUGGUGGUGCCGCUUCUGCCAUCGUGAUUGAGAGACUUUAG